AUGAGACUGGUCAUCACGAGGGUCACUGAAGCCGCUGUGAGAGUCGCCGGCGAGCUUCGGGCGCAGAUUGGCAGGGGCCUGCUUGUGCUCGUCGGGGUCACCCACGGGGAUGGCCCGGCCGUCGCGGAGCGUGCGGCCGAGAAGAUCCUACGAGUCAAGGUCUUUGACGAGAUCAAAUAGGGAAAGUCGCAGGCCUGGCGUCUGAGCGUGACCGAAGCCAUUGAAAUCCUGGUGGUCUCGCAAUUCACCCUCUACGCGGACGUCAAGAAGAAGAACAAGCCAGACUUCCAUCGGGCCAUGGGCCCUGACGAGGCGCGCAAGGUGUACGGGCAGCUGUUGGAGCACCUGCGCAAGAAGUACGAGGCGGGGAUGGUGCAGGAGGGCGAAUUCGGGGCGAUGAUGGCGGUGAGCAGCACCAACGACGGGCCAGUGACGCUGCUGUACGCGGGGGGCGAGGAGGAGGAGGCAGGGGGCUGA